GCCUUUUGCGUUCCAGACCCCAUUCUGAUCUACUCAAUCAUUCUUCAUAUAUAUACACACGAUGUUGCGUCGUCAAGCCCGUGAGCGUCGCGAUUAUCUGUACCGGAGAGCUCUCACUCUCCGCGAUGCCUCCAUUGCUGAAAAGCGAGCCCAGCUGAAGGCAUCGCUGGCCUCCGGAAAACCCCUCGACCCCUCCAUCGCUGAAGACAAAUCGCUGCGCGAAGAUUUCAAGUACGAUGAAUCCAUCACCCCGGAUAACCAGAACAAGGAUGGCGAUGUCGAUCUCGAUGAUGAAUAUGCCCUCACCUCCGGCAUCGCCGACCCCCGUCCUAUCGUGACAACCUCCCGCUCCCCUUCUGUCCGUCUGGGUACAUUCGCUAAGGAGGUCCGUCUGCUUCUUCCAACCUCCAUUCGCUUGAAUCGUGGUAACCUCGUUCUUCCGGAGUUGGUUUCAAGCGCAACUGCCGCCGCGCUGACCGACAUGAUUCUCGUGCACGAACACCGUGGUACGCCCACUGCAAUGACGAUCUCCCACCUUCCCCAUGGACCGACCGCUAGCUUCUCCCUGCAUAACGUUGUUCUCCGUGCGGAUAUCCCCAAUGCUGCUCGCGGAACUGUGUCGGAGAGCUACCCUCACCUCAUCUUCGAAGGUUUCAAGACCAAGCUGGGUCUUCGUGUGGUUCAGAUUCUGAAGCAUCUGUUUCCCCCGCGUGAGACCGGCAAGGUUGGAAACCGUGUCGUCAGCUUCGUGAACAAGGAAGACAACAUUGAGGUCCGUCAUCACGUGUUCGUCAAGACCGGAUAUCGGGAUGUUGAGCUGGCGGAAGUUGGUCCUCGUAUGACCAUGCGACUGUUCGAGAUCCGCGGUGGAACCUUGGAGAAAGGUUCUAGUGGUGAUGUUGAAUGGGCUCUUACCCAGUACACCAGGACGAGCAAGAAGAAGGAUUAUCUGUGAGCCAGUUUUAGUCUUGAGGACACCUGUGGCUUUCAGUUGGCUGUGUAUAAUCAUUUACGAAGGCAAAAAGAAAAGUCUGAUUCGGCGCAUGAGGUGUUCAGGAAGGAGCUCAAAGGGGCGGCAUUUACAUUUGGCAUAUCUGAUCGCUAUUGUAUACCC